AUGUCAAACGAGCACUUCCAAGUCGCCAUCAUCGGCAGUGGAAUCAUCGGGAGCGUUCUCGCUCUAGGCCUGAUUCGCAGAAAGGUCUCUGUUCAAGUCUACGAACAGGCCCAAAGUUUACGUGAAAUUGGUGCCGGGAUAGCUUUCACAGCGAACGCCCGAAAAUGCCUGACUCUACUCGAUGCGCGUCUGGAUGACUGUGUGACCGCUGUAGGGACGGUAAACGGCGACCCUGCCUGUCCUAACAACAACAUGCAGUUCAUUGAUGGGUACACUCAUGAUGCCUUGAAACAUGGAUCUCCUGGGGAUGACCUGGUGGAAAAGACCUUGUACAAGCUCCAUGCAGGACCCCGUGGCUUCGAGGGUUGCCAUCGCGCCCACUUCCUCGACCAGGUCAUGAAACUCAUCCCAGACGGGGUCGUGCAUCUCUCGAAGCGUCUCGAUAGCUAUGAGCUCCCUGAAGAGGACAGUGGCGAGAACAAGAUCCGCCUUGUUUUCUGCGACGGUACUACAGCCGAAGCAGAUGUUGGUACGGCGUUUAUCGGGUGCGACGGCAUCAAGUCCCGUGUCCGUGAACUCGUCUACGGCAAGGAUAAUCCCAUCUCAUACCCACACUAUACGCAUAAGAUCGCCUACCGUGGCCUCGUACCAAUGGACCAAGCAAUUGCCCGCCUGGGCGAGUCUCGCGCGCGCAACCAGCAAAUGUACGGUGGACCCAACGCGCAUGUCCUUCAUUUCCCCGUCGCGGGCCAGCAACUCAUGAACGUAGUGGCCUUCGUCACGGACCCAAAUGACUGGCCACUUGACCGCAACAUGACGCAGCCCGCGACGAAGGACGACGUAGCUGGGGCUUUCGCAGAGUGGGGACCGACAGUGCGCACAAUCAUCGAUUUACUCUCCCCGGCAAUGGACAAGUGGGCUGUCUUUGAUGCCUUUGACCACCCUGCUCCUAGCUAUGCCGCCGGAAGCGUGUGUAUUGCAGGGGACGCCGCGCACGCGUCCGCACCGCAUCACGGUGCCGGUGCUGGCAUCGGCGUGGAGGAUGCAUUGGCAUUGUCGGUCUUACUGGACCGGGUUCGAUCGGAAAUCGAGGCCCGUAGCGCAGAGAAAGCAACAGCUAUUCCCGCAGCAUUGAAAGCCUUCUCGACUGUGCGCCACGAGAGGUCCCAGUGGCUAGUCCGCAGUAGUCGCGAAGUGUGCGAGACCUACGAAUGGAAUAACCCGAGUUGUGGCUCGGAUAUGUCCAAGGGAUACGAGGAUGUCAAGCAGCGCUCGCAUAAAAUCUGGUAUUUCGACAUUGACGGUAUGCUGGCUGACUUGGACGAGGAGUAUCAGAAAUGUUUGAUGGAGUGA